CAGGAAGGAGGGAGCAAGCCCUUCCUAGGGCGGUGGCCACAGCAGUGAGAGGGGCAGACAGAACCAGGAGCCUGGGCAGGAAGCAGGAUGGCAGCAGGGGCAGCGGCCGGAGCCUGGGUGCUGGUCCUCAGUCUGUGGGGGGCAGUAGUCGGCAGUCAAAACAUCACAGCCCAGAUCGGGAAGCCACUGGUGCUCAACUGUAAGGGGGCUCCCAAGAAACCACCCCAGCAGCUGGAAUGGAGACUGAAUACAGGCCGAACAGAGGCUUGGAAGGUCCUGUCUCCCCAGGGAAGCCCCUGGGAUAGUGUGGCUCGUGUCCUCCCCAACGGCUCCCUCCUCCUGCCUGCUAUUGGGAUCCAGGACGAGGGGACUUUCCGAUGUCGGGCAACGAGCCGGAAUGGAAAGGAGACCAAGUCCAACUACCAAGUCCGAGUCUACCAGAUUCCUAGGAAGCCAGAAAUUCUUGAUCCUGCCUCUGAACUCAUGGCUGGUGUCCCCAAUAAGGUGGGGACAUGUGUGUCCAAGGGGAGCUACCCGGCAGGGACUCUUAGCUGGCACUUGGAUGGGAAACCCCUGAUACCUGAUGGGAAAGGACUGUCUGUGAAGGAAGAGACCAGGAGACAUCCUGAGACAGGGCUUUUCACACUCCAGUCAGAGCUGAUGGUGACCCCAGCCCGGGGAGGAGAUCCUCGCCCCACUUUCUCCUGUAGCUUCAGCCCUGGCCUUCCCCGGCGCCGAGUCCUGCACACAGCCCCCUUCCAGCUCAGUGUCUGGGAGCCUGUGCCUCUGGAGGAGGUCCAGCUGGUGGUGGAGCCAGAAGGUGGAGCAGUAGCUCCUGGUAGUACUGUGACCCUGACCUGUGAAGCCCCUGCCCAGCCCCCUCCUCAAAUCCACUGGAUCAAGGACGGCACACCCCUGCCCCUUCCCCCCAGCCCCGUGCUGCUUCUCCCUGAGGUAGGGCCUCAGGACCAGGGCACCUACAGCUGUGUGGCCACCCAUCCCAGCCAGGGGUCCCAGGAAAGCCGUGCUGUCAGCAUCAGCAUCAUUGAAACAGGCGAGGAGGGGUCAACUGCAGGUGAGGGGUUGGAUAAGGUCAGAGAGAAGCAGACAGACCUCAACAUGACUGGGAGGAUGGCUGACAAGAAAGGAAUGGUGAGUGGUGGGGGCUGUGCCGUCAAUUCUCCCCAUCUCUCUACAGGCUCUGUGGGCGGGCCGGGGCUGGGAACUCUAGCCCUGGCCCUGGGGAUCCUGGGAGGCCUGGGGAUGGCCGCCUUGCUCAUCGGCGUCAUCAUGUGGCGAAGGCGACAACACCGAAGAGAGGAGCGAAUUGUCCCCAAUCCUCCUCCCCAGGAAGGCCCCAGAAAACCAGGAGGAGGAGGAGGAGCGUGCAGAGCUGAAUCAGUCAGAGGAGCCAGAGGCAGCCGAGAGCAGUGCAGGAGGGCCCUGAAGGGCCCACAGCUCGACCCCAUCUGUCAGUUCCCUUUUGUUUUUCCUACACUCCGUUCUGACCCCAGACCAAUUCUCCCCUGUACAACAUCUAUCCCACCUCACCAAACUGUCUUCCACAGCCAGAGCCUCCCACAGUGAUGAGUAAACACCUGACACAUUUUGUCC